AUGGGAUCUCCUCGAAGGCCUUCAGGGAUCGCAGCAAACCUGCAGGGGCAGGCCUGUGGGGGCAUGAUCACGGAGGAGGGCUGCGGUUUCGUGGCGGUUGCCCUCCCACGCCUGCGAUGGACCCUCAUGGUGGUCUGCGUGUACCUUCAAAGCGCAGUGGGGCUCCACGGAGGAUGCAACCCGGAAGUCCUCGCGGCCCUUAGGCCGGCGCUCCGGGAUUUCCGCACUGGAAUGCACCUCCCUCCGAUUUUCAGGGCACUGCCUGGGCCGAGACGGUGGGAGGAGCUCUCCUGGCGCCUGAGGGUCCUACCAUCAACACGGGCAAAACCCUGGACUAUGCCCUGGUGGCGCGGCCGCUGGCUUCUUUAA